CUCGGAACUCGUGUCGUAGCGGUACGACGCUCGGUCGGGUAUCUCCGCGUCGUGGGCCACACGCUCGGCCGGUGUCGGCUCGCAUACGCUCGCUCUGGCUCGCUCUGUUCCGCUGUGCUCCACAGCUCCAGUCGUACUCGGGUCUUGCUCGCGUGUGAGUCUUUCGUGCUAACCGAGCUCAACGAAAUCACAUUUAGCGUGCGCGUGCACCUAUAACGGAGAUCAGACAGUCUUUCUCUCUCUCUCUCUCUCUCUCUCUCUCUCUCUCUCUCUCUCUUUCUCUUACGAGUACAUAGAGUUUUUCCUCGGCAUAUGUACAUCUGAGUACAUACGUGAGUGCAAGUAAAUGUAUAUCGAACGUAAUCACGCGCGCGCGCGCGGGGGGGGAGUGUGUGCCCGUGUGUCCGCGUGGUUCACGUGUAGCGGUAACGCUAUUACUAGUUAACGGUUAACGCGCGAUCUCAGGUCGAUAUACGGUUGUCGCACUGAUAUACAAUGUACACUUGGUAUACCUAGCGACACGUAACAAAGAUAUAUAUGUACAUAUAAAAAUUUGCACAUAUACAUGUAUAUAUAUGUAUAGCGAAUUGUGUAAAGCUACCACGAGUGCUCCGAAUUAAUUCCGUUAGUUGUAACGUGUGCGUGGGGUGAAACCAUCACGAGAGAAGGAGCAAAAGGAGCGGAAAAGGAGAAGAGGCAUAUACCGAGGGGAGAGAGAAGCGGCGAGAGGAGUCGUGCGCGCGAGCAGGAAGGAAGAACAAAGAACGACAACGUGCCACUGGCAGGCCUACGUGCGAGAAAAGACCGUCUCUCUCUCUCUCUCUCUCUCUUUCUUCCCUCUCUCCGAUUCGAUAACUUUAUCUCUCGCGCUGACGUUCGCUCGCUCUCACCGCGCGCUGCGACUUACGUGCGAACAACGGCAACAACGAGGGAGCGACUCGUUUCGGUGCUUAAGAUUAAAAAUUUAGGAUUCUCAAAUUGCAUUGCACAUGCGCGAGAACAAGCGAGCCGUUAAAAAAAGAAACCAGAUGUGUAACGGAUGAGAAUGAAAUGCUUGAAGAUAAUAAUUGGUGGCAGUCAUCGAGUCGCGUGACAAGUCAAGUGAACAUAAAGACACUCUCACGCUGCGUGGCACAAAUCCAAAGGCAGUCUUGUGAAGCUCCAAGUAUAUUCAAAGUACGCUAUUCGGUUUUACGAGCUGCAGAGUACGUAUCAGAGACGGAAAACGCGACUAGAUUGACGUCGUAAAUAGAUUCUAAAAUGAGAUUGGAGGAGGAUCUGGUGAUCCGCAGGAGUCGACCCACGAUGAUCUCCGCCAAAUAUCGCGCUCGCGAGGAACGUCGCCGUCUGCUCAAGAUUUCUGCUGGCAAGCUGAAAAGAAUCGAGGACCCGGAAGCGAGCUUGUGCCGAUCGGUUCUCAUAAAUAACGCGGUACGACGGCUGCAGCGUGAAAAUCGGGACGAAAAGACACGAAGUUACGGUACACUUCCAGUGGUGACAUCGUACAUGGACGACGUCAGCAAGGAAAAUAACAUCACUGGGAGCCUCAUCGCCGACGUAACGGAUGAGGAAACUUCCUCGAGGAAGAGGCUGGCCGAUGAUUCAAGAAACGACGGACUCAAUGCUAAGCGGCAUAGGCACGAUGAUUUGGACUUACAGGACGACGUAUUCGAUUUCUACAUCUUGCCGCCAACGCCACGUUUGCUCUCGCACAUUGACGAGAUUCAGCCAGAAGCAAUAGGAUCACAUCACAACGGCAGUCAUCAUUUGGGUUUCCCAGAGGAUCGACUAAACGACAGCGUGGUUGACGUGCGAUCGAACGGCACGAUCAUCGGGUGCGUAGGUAGCACCUCGGUCACGACUAACAACGGCAAUAGCGUCGACGGCGCGACGAGUUGUCACUCCGUGCUCUUCCCCGUCGUCGGAGAUCUCAACGACGCGAACGCGCAACUUUCGAGACCGGAAACCGACAUGAUGGAAGUGGCCGAUGUAGUCGAUCCCGAUCGGCUUUGCGACUUUUCCAGAUUCGCCGACUCUGCAAAGACUCUCGAGGAACGACUGGCCGAAUUGCAAUCCUUGGACGAGCACUUCGAUCUCACCAAGUUCGAGCGCAACAACAAUCAGAGUUGCGGCCGCGCUUUCCAUGACAUACAGACCUUCCACAGUCUGGUGCCGGGUCUGGAGACCUAGACGGCGGUAUUGGGUCAAGACCAAGCUGAGCCGGUGUUGUAGGAUGUCAUUGGUGACGACCUGAUGAUAUAUCGACUUUGCGAUGCACAGAGUCUUGCCUGGCGAGAAGUCACGCGUCGUAUUUUAUCCUUGUGCGCUCGUAGAAAAAUGAUGAAAAACGCAUGCGUCGAACGCGUCGAUGCCGUAUUUAGUACUCUGAAAGAUUUCUUACCGUGGGCAAACGGAUAAUGGGCUAACAAUAAAUUGUAUCUUUUGGACCACAUGCUAUUCAUCUGUUGAUAUAAACCAACAGCAGUUUUCACACAACUUGCAAUAAGACUUUAGAUCCCACACAGCACACAUCUUUCAGAAAGCUUUCUGAAAGAUAUUUGAAAAAUAUCUUCUGUCAGAUGUCUUUCAGAAAAUUUUCUGAAAGAUGUGCUGUAUAUGAUAUAACCUUUUUGUACCGUUAAACUACAAGGAAUAACAUAAUGUUAUUCCUUUCAAAAUGCGACAAAAGUAACACGUAACUUUGCUGUUUUAAGAUUAUUAACAUUAAAAGAUGCAAUCGCGGGAUAACAUUCUAAGCUCAACGGAAGUCGGAAUUGUAAUUGAAAAUUUUAUCUUAAUUUGUUACAACUUUAUUAUAAUAUAUACGAUUUAAAUUAAAUGAAAUUUAAAUUUAAUUAUUGUAUAAGAAGAGGAGAAUGAUGACAUUAAGGAGGUUCUAACAUUUAAUAAAAUGUAAGACAGAUCUAUAAUUAUAUAUAUGUAUAUAUAUACAUACAGGGUGAGUAAAAAGUACCGGAUCGAUGAAAUAUCUCGAAAAAUAUGGGAGAUACGGAAAAAUGUUUUAGACAAAAGUUGUACAGUUUAAAAAGGACUAUAUAAUGAUAAAAUUUAUUUUUGAAAAAAUAUUUUUUUAAACGGAACCCGCUAUUUCUGAUUACAUGUUUCUGUAGCUGACUUCGAGACUUUUUCAAAACACUAUCGAUAAACUUUUUUUUUGUUAAGUACUUUUCGAGAUAUGAGUUGACAAAGUUCAAAUACCGCAACUUUUGUCUGAAACAUUUUUCCGUAUCUCCUAUAUUUUUCGAGAUAUUUUACCGGUCUGGUACUUUUUACUCACCUUGUAUAUAUAUAUACAUAUAUAUACAAGAUGAAAUUCGAAAGUUAAUUAUAUCAACAAUAUCUAAAAAAAAAAUUAUUUCAGAUAUUUUCAUGUAGGACAAAAAGUUAAAAAAUAUUCUAAUUACAAUAGAAAGUAAACAUUUAAGUUUGUUCUAAUAAAGUUCUAUUUAAAUUGAUCGUAUAAUUUGAGAAAAAUUUAUACUAUUUUUUGAUAAAGAAAAGAAUAUUUUUCAGAAAUAGGCAACGCAUGUGUAGUGACGUAAUAACGUUAUGGACCUAUCAGAGUUAGCUGAGUUAGCCAAUUUAAAAUAUACUUAUAAUUUUGGUACAUCAUCAUUUUUUAUAAAAUCGAAAUGUUUCGAACCAAUUGAAUUGACAAUCAGUUAGACGUACAGUGGAACCCCGCGUUAGCGUACUCCGCGUUAGCGGAAACUAUCCCCUCCAUAUGCACUCGGCCCACAUGAGUAGCGUGUGUGGGGAUAGCAAUGCAGUCACAUAG